AUGUCGAUGAACAAGUUUCGUCUUGCUCUACUGCAGCUCGCUGUGAAUUCCAACAAGGCUGAGAACCUCGAAAAAACAAGUCGGAAAAUCAGAGAGGCGGCCUCCGAGGGAGCGAAGAUGGUGGUUUUGCCAGAAUGUUUUGGAUUCCCGAACGCGGCGCCGAACUUCCCAAAGUACGCCGAGACGAUUCCCGGUGAGUCCAGCGAGAUGAUGUCCCGCAGCGCCAAAGAAAACCAGGUGUACCUCAUUGGCGGCUCCAUGUCGGAGAGUGACAAUGGGAAGAUCUACAGCACCUGCCUGGUCUACGGCCCGGACGGUUCGAUGCUCGCCAAGCACCGUAAAAUACACCUUUUUGGCUUCAACAUUCCCGGAAAAAUCAGGUUCAGUGAAACAGACUUUAUAACAUCGGGCAACCGACUGACAACCUUCAACACUCCGUUCUGCAAAGUGGGCGUCGGAGUAUGCUUCGACAUGUGUUUUGCGUAUAUGGCAGAGGCCUACGGACAGCUUGGGUGCAAAUUGUUGGUAUACCCUGGCGCAUUCGACACGAUUACUGGUCCAACGUACUGGGAGGUGAUUCAGAGAACCAGGGCGAUCGAUAAUCAGGUGUACGUUGCCACAGCGUCACCUUCGAGGGAUGAAUCUGCGAGCUACGUCAAUUGGGGACACAGCAUGUUGGUGGAUCCGAGUGGCACGGUGGUGCAGUCAGCGGGGUCUGGUGAAGAGCUGGUGCUUGCUGAUGUAGACUUGGAUCAGAUAGAUGAGGCGGCGAACAAGUUUCCCAUUAACAAAGAAAAGAAAAAUGAUAUCUAUAACCUGGUGAUCAAUAAGGGCUUGGGAACUAUUGUGGUGUCAUCUUAA